AUGAUCAGAUUCGAAGUCAUCUUCACGGCUUUGCUGCUUGCCACGAGGCUAACGCUUGUCCUCGGUGCCUUACCCCAAUGCCUGAGCGCCUGCAGUACGAUCUCCGCGACACCAUGUACGCCCGAUUCACUUCCAGCACUCAUUAGCUGCCUGAACGACCACUGCUCUUUCAACAAUACGCUCUCAACAUACGCCGUGGCCCUUUCGCCGAAGAUCGAAUACUCGUGCCAACAAUCCUAUGUCCCAGGCGAUGAUACACCGACCACAGUUCUGAAGAUGACGGGCCAGGGACAAUGCAUGACCAGUCCUUACGACUUUCGAUCUUUCGUCACGAGUGCUGGAAACAAUCCAUGGGCUUCGGGAGUCUGCCGCAUCUUCGUCUACCCUGAGGCAGACUGUGCCGGUCACCCAGAAGAUCUCGCAUUGAUGCUGCACAGCGAGGGCUUCUCACGUCGCUACGUCGAGCAAAUGUGCCUCCUACGGCCUUCGAACGGAAACAACGACACUACGGUCCCGCAGACAGAAUGCAAUCCCGCCCCCGUUUCCCUUCCAUCAAAUUCGCUUUCGCAAUCGUAUUCGCCAUUGGUGAUCAGUUCGGUUCAGCCUUUGGACUCCCCAUCAACAUGGAUUUUGCCGUCAGGCAUGCCUAUUUCGCACCCGAAUUCCACCUCGAGGGUCAACGCAACAUCCAGGCUUAUUUCCAGCUCGCCAACGGAAACUGCCAUGGCCUAUCUUGGUGGUGCGGUGAAGGAGAGCAAGGAUGCUACAAUCGCUGCCAUGUUCGCACUGAUUGCGGCAUUCAUCUUGCUUUGA